ACAGAACGAGGUCUCUCUGGAGCUGCUGUAGCAGGGAUUGUUAUUGUUGUUCUGCUGCUGGCUGCAGCUGUAGCUGGUGUGAUGUACUACUUCCUUCGCCCCAGGAUCACUAAUCUACCAAACCAAACAUGGUCAGUGCUGCCGUUAGAGAAUAUCAAUCUAAACCCUGAAACUGAGAUACAGAGAGGAGAUGAGAUACAGUGGCUGUUUGGAGCUGAAGAGACUCUCAUCACUGAAAUCAAAGGAGAGGACAGACAGGUGAAGACACAUGAAGGUCCUGAUAAGAGAUUCAAGAACAGACUGAAGCUGGACGAGACGACUGGAUCACUGACCAUCACAAACACCAGAAAUGAACACAAUGGACCCUACACUCUGAAGAUCAGAAGAGGAAGAGAAACCUUCUACAAAAAAUUCUAUGUUUCUGUCAGAGGCACUGUUUUCACACAUGAAGAGAUGAUGAGAAUAGUGAUGGAGGGAGAAUAUGUCUUUCUAGAGCCUGAUACUAAAAUACAGAAAGAUGAUGAGGUUCAGUGGCUGUUUGAAGAUGAACAGCAGACUGUCCAGACUGAAAUCAAGAACACAGAGGUGACUAAAUAUACUGGAACUGAUUGGAGAUUCAGAGACAGACUGAAGCUGAACGAGGACACAGGCAGACUGACCAUCACAAACAUCACAACUGAUCACACUGGAUUCUACACUCUGAAGAUCACAAGAGGCAAAGACAAAAUCUACAAAAGAUUCUUCAUGUUUGUCAGAGAGAGGGAGAUAACAGAGACGGAGGGAUAUCCUGUCACUUUAGAGCCUGCUUAUGAAAUAAAGAAAGAUGAUUUGAUUCGGUGGCUGUUUGGAGAUAGAGAGCAGCAGACUGGCAUAGCUGAAUUCAAUGUAAAGACCAGAAAGAUCUCAACAUAUGAUUAUGUUGCUGAUGGGAGAUUCAGAGACAGACUGGAGCUGAACAAGACGACUGGAUCUCUGACCAUCAACAACACCAGAACCACAGACUCUGGAGUCUAUAAACUAGAGAUCAGAUCCAGCAGUGGGGUUACAGAACAGACAUUUACUGUCACUGUCAGAGGUGAGUAGCUCAAGUCAGUAUAAUCAUGAUCACAGAUCUUCACUAGCAGUUAUUCCUCUUUAUUCUGUUCUUCUGCAGAUAAUUCAGCUCCAACUGUUUAAUGUUCAGACUUCAUUCAGAGU